AUGUCUUGUUCCAGAUCCAAGAAGUCGUCCAGGAAAGGCCAGGAGAGCACGCGAGAACACAACUACGAAGAGCAGUACGCAUCACCGGCGGGGACGGACAGCUACUAUGCUUCCUCGUCGACGACGGCACCAACCACUGCUGACCCGGGGACACCCAAGCAGUCGGUGCUCAAGUCCAAGUCCAUCAAGAGCGAGGGCGAGAUCACGCUCCAGGGACCCAUCGAGGUUGCUGGGUCGGUGAAGUCGGGGGGUAAUAUCACGUUCAACGGGGACUUUGACGUCCGGGAUAAAGUGGAGGCGUAUGGAGGGAUUGAGGUCAACGGAAAUCUGUCCUGCGAUGACAAGGUCAAAGGCUUCGGAAAGUUGAGAGUUACCGGCACAUGCGAGGCCAAGGAGCUCGAGAUUUAUGGCAACACGACGAUCAUUGGCUUCCUAAAAUGCAAAAAGAUGACGUUGUAUGGCACCCUCACCAUCAUUGGCGAGAACUCUGGGUAUCAGGCCGAGGAGGAGGAAAAGAUUUGGGGUGCGAUUAUCAGCCGCGAGGAGGAAGCGCGCUGGUGA